AUGCACCCGGCGCUCGGAUUCACCUAUCUAUUUCUCCUCACAUCUAUCUCCCCCAUGUUCGUCAAUUUUGUUUUAUUUUCCUUUUAUCUUUCUUUUCUUUUUACCCUCUCACCGAUCCUCGAUUUGAGGAGGAGUGUUGAAGUCUACAUCCGAGAUCGUGAUCGAGGAUGA